CGCGCCGCGUCAUGCCAGGCGCUGCUCGGCGCUAGUGCCCGGGCCGCCGCCCGCCUGCCCGAAGCCGCGCCCACUGCCCAGAGCCAGAGGGAUGGUGGUAGUCACGGGGCGGGAGCCAGACAGCCGUCGCCCGGACGGUGCCAUGUCCAGCUCCGACGCCGAAGACGACUUUCUGGAGCCCGCCACCCCGACGGCCACGCAGGCGGGGCACGCGCUGCCCCUGCUGCCCCAGGAGUUUCCCGAGGUUGUCCCCCUUAACAUUGGAGGGGCUCACUUCACCACACGCCUGUCCACCCUGCGGCGCUAUGAAGACACCAUGCUGGCGGCCAUGUUCAGCGGGCGGCAUUACAUCCCCACCGACGCUGAGGGCCGGUACUUCAUUGAUCGGGAUGGCACGCACUUCGGAGACGUGCUGAAUUUCCUGCGCUCCGGGGACCUGCCGCCCCGGGAGCAUGUACGGGCUGUGUACAAAGAGGCCCAGUACUAUGCCAUUGGGCCCCUCCUGGAGCAGCUGGAGAACAUGCAGCCACUGAAGGGGGAGAAAGUGCGCCAGGCAUUUCUGGGACUCAUGCCCUAUUACAAAGACCAUUUGGAGCGGAUCGUGGAGAUUGCCCGGCUGCGUGCGGUACAGCGGAAGGCCCGCUUUGCCAAGCUCAAGGUCUGUGUCUUCAAGGAGGAAAUGCCCAUCACCCCCUAUGAGUGUCCGCUUCUCAACUCCCUGCGCUUUGAGCGGAGCGAGAGUGAUGGGCAGCUCUUUGAGCACCACUGUGAAGUGGAUGUGUCUUUCGGGCCCUGGGAGGCUGUGGCUGAUGUUUAUGACCUGCUGCACUGCCUGGUCACGGACCUCUCAGCCCAGGGCCUCAUCGUGGACCACCAGUGCAUCGGGGUGUGUGACAAGCACCUCAUCAACCACUACUACUGCAAGCGCCCCAUCUAUGAGUUCAAGAUCACAUGGUGGGCUGGAAUGCAAAUUUCAGAGGCUCCUUUUGAAGAUCCCCUAAGUCAAGCAGGCAAGAUGCCUAGACCUUCUGUUAUCCUCAAGAUGUAACAUCCUUUCUAGAAGCUCAGAAUACCUCCUUGGCUGCCAUUUCAUGUGUUAGGAUCCAAUGUGUGGUGAACCUGCUUGGAUGGGAACCCCCUCUUUAACCUCUGUUGCUGUAUCCUGCUAUCGUUCUCCUUCAGGAGAGUGUCUGUUCUGGAGAAGUAAAGAAAGGGCCGGGUGAGAGGCACAGCUAUCCCAGGAGCUGUAGGAAGACAGCGGCAAACCUCCAUUAUGUUUUACUCCCCACAUUUCAGAGAGAAAAAGAUCCACAAGGUUCUGCUCCCAUGCAUUUCCUUCUUGCUCCGUCUGCAACCUGGGGCAGCUAGUUAGAAUAUAGACGUGCAUCUCCUAAAGGCAGAGCUGUGCAGCACCAGUAAUUGGAAUGUAGCGUUUCUGUGCUGCAUCAGGGGCUUGUCCCUGUAAUCACGAUUGUACUUGACUGUUCCUGGGGGUUCCUGUAGGAAGAUGUUUUUGUAUGCAAAAAACUGGUGAUGACAGCCUCCUUGGUCUCCGUCUUACAAGACCAGCUUGGUGAGGUAGGGCAAGGGGGAGCUGAAGAUGUCUGCAUCCUUCUGAGGAGAAGGUCAAGCUCUGGGACCUUAGCUGAAUUCCUUCACAGGGCAGUGACCUCCUGGCGCUGGUGUGGGAACAGAUUCCAGGGCAUGGUUUUGCUCUCGGAUAUUAUAUUCUUAUAUGGGUGGAGCAGAGGUGCAGACUGAGAUCCAAGAGGAAAGAACAGUCAGUUGUUGAGGUUCCACAAUAUAUGUUCUCUCUAUUGUUCUCAUCCACAAAUGGAUCGUCACCUUUUCUGGAGCUGAUGUCGCUGCUUGGAGCUUAGCCCAAUAGCAUGACUCUUGCCUUACUCUAACAGAAAAGUCUCUCGUUUAAGUAGCUCUGAUUGGUGUUACUGCCCAAUGCAAGUUCAUUUUUUGACCGACACUGAGGCAAGCUAUUCAGGAGGAAGGCAGUGUAAAUAGAGAGCAGAUUGUUAAUCCUAGCGCUUUCAGUAAUCCAGCCUUGGCCCCUUCUCUUUCCCACCCCUGGCACAGAGCUUCACAGUGCUUGGUUAUUUAGAGUCCAUACAUAUGGUUCGCUCAAAUGCAGGUUUUCUCAAAAACAGGCCCUGAAGACUUGCUUGGAGCUACAGGAACACUGGAUAAGGUCGCUGUCCCUGUGCCUUUUGCUGGAGAGACCCCUGUUUGUCUCUCUCCUUACGUUGUCCUCAUGGUGAUAUGCUCUGUGCCAUUGUGGGGAGACAAGGCUCGGCGAGUAGACCAGGCAGAGUAGGGGCACUGGCAGCCAGCUUAGAGCUCUUUCUAGAUGGAGUAAAAGAAUUUGGUGGCCCAGUUUGGCUGUUCUCUGAGGAGAAGCCAAGGGCAGGCUGAAAGUGCCUUUGGAUGUGGUGGUUUAUGGGAAGGCCUCCAAAUAAAGGUUGUCGCUGAGGAAAUUCCCGGUUGGAUCCCUUUUUGACUCUAAAUGGCCAGGCCUAGAGCAUAAGAAGGGUUGGGUCAGGAAGGAGGGCUCCAAAGGACGAAUACUUCUCCUUGAUGGAAAGGAAGUAUGUUUUCAUAGAAUUCUUGUGCAUGAUGUCGAUGGGUCAAACCAAAGUGCCUGCCUUUGAAACUUCGAUUAUGUUUGACUUUGGGCACCUUUUCUCCCAGAUGCCAUGCUCCCUGGUUGGGAAGGUGAAAGUUUUAGGAGAUAGGACUGUAUGGUGCAAUGCUAGCCGUAACAAAAUUCAAUGAAAAUGAAAAACUUAAUGGCAACAAAAAAAGAUUGAAACAAAACCACAAUGAAAUGCAUUACGCCAUCCCAGGUGGAGGAAUUCUUUGGGUAACACUCUAAAUAGAAGAAAUGGUGGAAUCAUCACAAUCCUCAUUCUGCCUCUGGUUAAUUCACCAGGCUGUCCAGCGCUUAUCAUGUGGAAAGCAAUCAACUGUGCUCUGAAAGUUUCUAUUCUUUCUUCCUGGGGCUUAGGAUAUUCUGGGAGCCUUGUGCCUCAGGCUGAUCAGGUGAUAUAAUCUUCCUGUUGUGGGUUGCUUCUUGGAGGACUAGGAAAUUGACAUUUACAAGCCACAAAGUGGGGUGGGCCUCAGUGUGUGAUCUUGGUCUAAGCUGGAUCUUGAAGAGGUAAAGACAAACAACAACAACAAAACAAAAACUACUGAUACUGAGCAUUUUGAUCCCAGUUAGAAUUUCAGAUAUCAUCCUUCUGCAUACCUUCUGUCCAUAUUUGAUUCUGAUAUAAGUAAUUAGGCUUUUUUCAGUACUGUUUUGCUGGGGCUCUUUCAUGAAGCUGGUGCCUGCCUCAUAAUCCUUAAAAGAGGGUGGCUUCAUUCAUCAAAAGCUGGAGUGUUGGGAACUGCGGUGGGAAAGGCACUUUGGAAUUCCGGAAGAAACAUAUAUGUAUACAUAUGUUAAUUGGGGGAACAGUGGGUUGGCAGGGGUUGGGGGAGGUGGGAACAAAGACUGGGUGUAGGAACAGGCAGUUGCCUCUGGAGUGUGGGAGGUCACCUGGGUCCAUUGUCUUCCUUCUGUAUGGUGUUGGGUCUGUGUACACAAUAUAACACUUCUGUAUUCGUUGAUUACAUGUCUGUGAGUGCUUUGGUGCAUGGAGCCUCAGUACUGUCACACGGCAUUAAAGUCAAGAAUUAGAACCUGGGUGCUGUGCCUUUCUUUUUUAGAGACUUACUCUCAUCCCUCCUCUGCCUCCCACUUUGCCAGCCAAUGUGUCUUGAUUUCUGCUUAAAAUGUGGUAUGUUUUGGCAUGCCACACUAAAUGAAACAGGCUCUUCCCUGAGACCAGCAGCUGAACUUCUGCCCUGACUUGAAGUUAAAGGGGGAUGUGCCCCAUGAAGGCCCUGCUACAGUUACUGUAGCCUUGUCUCUGUUCCAGGUAGGAGUGUGCCCACCCAGCCUGGGCAAUCAGCUCUACUCUCUCUGUUAAGAGGUCUCCAGGGGAAGAAAAUACUACAAUUGCAUAGUCACUUGUGUGGCUCAUAACUGUGUCAGGUAGUUCUAAAGGAAAUCCCUCCUGUCAUAUCACCACUUCUUUCCAAGGACGAGAAAAGUGGCUCUAAGCUUAUGUGAGCCUCAGUGGUUAAGACCCUUCCUUGAGAAAAAUGGACAUAAGUUGCCCUUUCUCUGAAAGCAGAGUUUGACAUCCUCCUGGCUAAUGAGUGUCCUCAUCAAGAUGCCCCUUGGAGUCACUUCAUGGAUUAACCCAGAAAGGUGAGUUCUGAAGUGCUUGGUAGCUGUGCCACCCUCCAGCUGCUUCCCUUAAAUUGCAGAUUAUUCUGACUUUUAAACAAAAGCACUGCAUCAUCUGUGCCAAAUGUAUUCCCUGACCUAAUUACUGCUCAUACAAUCACAUAGUAGUAAUACACUAAUAAUACCUUACAAGUUGAAACUGAAGCUCGUUGGGGUGUAAUUUCCCCGAGGGCACAUAGCCAGUAAGUGGCAGAGCCAGGAUUCAAACCCAGAGCCCUUUUCUGAAAUCCUCAGGGGUGUUCAGCAGCAGAGCCCUCCAUUCUUGGCAGCUCAGUGUCCCACCCCUAAGGCUCAGGGCUUCACUCUGCCUAACCUGUGAAGAUUUGAAAAACAGAUACUUUAGAAGGAAUAUUAGAAAGACUUCCUUAGAGGUGUAGGUCUUAAGUAGCCCCUGAGCAUUAAGGAGAUAGAUGAUGUCCCCAAUUUACUGCCCUUCUUAAUGAGGGAUACGUGUCCACUAGGUGGAGAAGGGCCUUGCUUGUGGGGCACUGAGUGGAGGAUGACUUAGCGGGUGAGUAAUGGCUCCCUGGCUGGACUCUGGGUGUGGUGGGAUGGUCCAGGACAGCCCGAGUUAAUCAGACUCCUGCAGCCUAUAGAUCUAAUCAUGCAGAGAUGCUGUGCAGGCUGAUCCCGUGGGGAGGUGUGCCCAGGCCAUGGCCCUCCUUCAGUGACCGCUGGCAUCAAGAGAAUAAUUGAAUGGGAGGCUCUUUAGUUUAGCUCAGGGGACGUUGUGUACCUGGCUUGGGGUUCAUGGCCCUUGGACUCUGGGUCUCUACCCUGCCCGGGUGUCCCUUUGUCAUCAUUUUGAAGAUGGCCCCUUAGCUGGCUUUACCUACUUUUCAUUUUGAUUUAACUUAGAGCAUGUUCCUUUAGCUUUUAGUUACUUACCUUUAACUUUCUAUCCUUUGUUUCCUUACCAUUUUGUUUUUCCUGUAAUGUACUUUAGCUUUCUCUAUUUUUACACUAUUUUAAACUUUAUUUCUGACAUAACUUUUAAAUAAAGCACAUGAGGGACCCGCCCCGUGGCUUAGCGGUUAAGUGUGCACGCUCCGCUGCUGGCGGCCUGGGUUCGGAUCCUGGGCGCGCACCGACGCACCGCUUGUCAGGCCAUGCUGUGACGGCGUCCCACAUAAAGUGGAAGAAGAUGGCCAUGGAUGUUAG